CCCCUCCCAGCCUUUUAGGCGCCCGCGCUGCUGGGACAUCCCAGUCCCGCUUGGUCCUCCUCGCCCUCCACCCGAGCGCCCAGUCCGCGCAGCCAGCCCAGUUCGUCCAGUCCACACUGCCCGCCGGCCGGCCCGCCCCCCACCGCAGCCAUGGACGCGAUCAAGAAGAAGAUGCAGAUGCUAAAGCUGGACAAGGAGAAUGCCAUCGACCGUGCCGAGCAGGCCGAGGCCGACAAGAAGCAGGCUGAGGACCGCUGCAAGCAGCUGGAGGAGGAGCAGCAGGCCCUCCAGAAGAAGCUGAAGGGGACAGAGGAUGAGGUGGAAAAGUAUUCUGAGUCAGUGAAGGACGCCCAGGAGAAACUGGAACAGGCUGAGAAGAAGGCUACCGAUGCCGAGGCAGAUGUGGCCUCCCUGAACCGCCGCAUUCAGCUGGUAGAGGAAGAGCUGGACCGGGCGCAGGAGCGCCUGGCCACAGCCCUGCAGAAGCUGGAGGAGGCUGAGAAGGCAGCUGAUGAGAGCGAGAGAGGAAUGAAGGUCAUCGAAAACCGAGCCAUGAAGGAUGAAGAGAAGAUGGAGCUGCAGGAGAUGCAGCUGAAGGAGGCCAAGCACAUUGCUGAGGAUUCCGACCGCAAAUAUGAGGAGGUGGCCAGGAAGCUGGUGAUCCUGGAAGGAGAGCUGGAGCGCUCAGAAGAGAGAGCAGAGGUGGCUGAGAGCCGCGCCAGGCAGCUGGAGGAGGAACUCCGAACCAUGGACCAGGCCCUCAAGUCCCUGAUGGCCUCAGAAGAGGAGUAUUCCACCAAAGAAGAUAAAUAUGAAGAGGAAAUCAAACUGCUGGAGGAGAAGCUAAAAGAGGCUGAGACCCGAGCAGAGUUUGCCGAGAGGUCUGUGGCAAAAUUGGAGAAGACCAUCGAUGACCUGGAAGACGAAGUCUAUGCACAGAAGAUGAAGUACAAGGCCAUCAGCGAGGAACUGGACAACGCACUCAACGACAUCACCUCCCUCUGAGCCCCACGCCAGUGUGGCUCCCUCAGUCCCUUCUCUCUCCUCUUUCCGUUCUCAGUGGGGAGGGGGCAGGCAGGAGGAGCAAAAUGGUCAGCAUCACACAGCCAGGCUGAGCGCCGCCUCAAAGAGCCCCCACCACACCUGCCGCCCACCUUGGCACUUGCUUCGUCCUUCUAUCCACCCACUCCACCCUCCAGCCUCUACCUCUUUCUGCUGCUUAAUAAACUCAACUUGGUCUCCA